AUGUGUGACACCCAUUUCAACAGUUAUGAGCCUGAAUAUGCAAAGAAUAAGAAGAUAUCAGACUUUAUCAAUCUUGAUAAACCUGAUAUCUUCUCUGAACUAGAAGAAUCUCUGAAACCUGAGUAUUCAGAAGAAGUCACUGCAGAGGUCAAGAUAGUAUAUAAUAUUAAGAUCACUGUGUGA